GUUGUUGCUGACUGCUUUCUGGUCCCGGGUCUCCCGGGUCCGUUGCAAAAAUGGCUACUGGAGUACUGAGGACUGUCCUGAAAAAAUCGUCGCGGCUGUUGCUUGACAGCAAGACUUCGCUGCGCCAGGCGGUCCCUUUAGUCUCCCAAAGCAGAAAUGCAGGCUCAGUAUGGUACCCAGACAAGGAAUAUGCUGACGAAUUCAUUGGGCCAGUCAUUGGGCCAGCUGAGGGCAAGCCAAAAUGGAAGUUUCCACCAUACGAGCAAGAAGAACCGCCACCACCAAAAACUAUCAAGAAUAUAAAAGUUAACUUUGGUCCUCAGCACCCUGCAGCUCAUGGUGUAUUGCGUCUGGUUUUAGAACUGGAUGGUGAAAGGGUUGUAAGCGCUGACCCACAUAUUGGCUUACUUCAUCGAGGAACGGAAAAGCUUAUUGAAUACAAAACUUAUAUCCAAGCUUUACCCUAUUUUGAUCGUCUUGACUAUGUCUCCAUGAUGUGCAAUGAGCAAUGUUACUCUCUAGCAAUUGAAAAGCUGCUAAAUAUCGAAGUUCCAUUGCGUGCAAAAUACAUUCGCACACUGUACGGUGAGAUCACGCGUAUCUUGAAUCACAUCAUGGGUAUUGGAACGCACGCACUGGACGUGGGUGCCUUGACGCCGUUCUUCUGGCUGUUUGAGGAGCGAGAAAAGCUUAUGGAAUUUUACGAACGCGCGAGCGGCGCUCGUAUGCACACGGCAUAUGUUAGACCUGGCGGUGUUGCCCUAGACCUUCCACUUGGUCUCAUGGACGAUAUCUAUGAAUGGGCGUCCAAGUAUGCAGAGAGAAUCGACGAAAUUGAAGACGUCCUGACGGAGAACAGAAUUUGGAUUCAACGUACUAGGGAUAUAGGUGUUAUCAGCGCAGAGGAUGCUUUGAAUUAUGGUUUCAGUGGAGUCAUGGUGCGCGGUUCAGGAAUCAAGUGGGACAUCCGAAAGUCUGAGCCAUAUGAUGCUUACAACCUUGUCGACUUUGAUGUUCCCAUUGGAAAGAAUGGAGAUUGUUAUGAUAGGUACUUGAUCCGUAUAGAAGAAAUGAGACAGUCUCUGAGAAUUAUCGAACAGUGCUUAAAUCAAAUGCCAGCUGGUGAAGUACGAACGGAUGACGCGAAAAUUGCACCACCAAAUAGAAAAGAAAUGAAAACUAGUAUGGAAGCCUUAAUUCACCAUUUCAAGCUGUUUACUCAAGGAUACCAAGUGCCUCCAGGUGCCACCUACACAUGCAUUGAAGCUCCUAAGGGAGAAUUCGGUGUAUACUUGGUCAGUGAUGGUAGCUCUAAACCCUACAGAUGUAAAAUUAAGGCUCCUGGAUUCGCGCAUCUUGCUGCGCUACAGAAAAUGGGACCUGGUCACAUGUUAGCCGAUGUUGUAGCUAUUAUCGGUACCCUUGACGUCGUAUUCGGUGAAAUCGAUCGAUAAUCAUGAUACUGUAAAGAAUAGGGAAACAAUUUAUAGCAAUGUAAUAAGUUAUAACAUCCAAUUUAUCUCAGAACAAUACCUUUUUUGUUGAAUAAACUAUGAAAUUUUAUUGAGACACAUAACUUUGUUAUUAAAAAUGUAUAUUUCUUUAGUUCAAACGAAUUUCACCGAAACUCUUAUCAGAAAACACAUUUUUUUUGUGAAAAAAAAAUUAUUUUUUGUAUAUUAAUUGUUUAGAAGUAAUAAUAAAAAAAAAAAAAUUACA